AUGGUGGUCAGCCUGGUGCAAGAUCGCCUGCAGCAGCCGGAUGUGCGGGAACGUGGCUGCCUUUUGGAUGGCUUCCCACGCACGACGGAUCAGGCGCAGGCGCUGCUCAAGCAGGUCAGAGUCGAGGGCGUGUUUUUUCUACAGGUGCCUGAGAAGAGCCUUAUUCAGAGGGCCGCGCAGCGGCGAAUCGAUCCACGGACGGGGGAGAUCUACCACUUGGAGUUUGUCCCGCCGCCUUCGGACGUCCUGCCGCAUCUGGUCCCUCGCGACCGCGACGAUGAGCACUCCUUCCGGCAGCGCAUCGAGGUCUUCAAGGCGCACGUCCGGCGGGUGCUGCCCUUCUUCUCUGGCCGCGUCUGGAAGCUCGACGCCGCGCUCGAGCCCCAGGUCAUCUUCCAGAAGAUCUGUCGCGCCUUGGACCAUCUCGAAGCCCCUGAGCAAGAGACGGCCGAAGUGCCCCAUUCCCAGCAUUCCCAGCAUUCCUGCUCGAUCUGCUUCGAUGAGCCGGCAGACUUCCUUGUGAGCCCCUGUGGGCACCAGUGUGGCUGCCGGGAGUGCCUCGUGGCUGUUCAGCAGCAUUCCGGCUGCUGUCCCAUCUGCCGUGGUCCGGUGCGGGAGAUCCAGCAGGUCUUUCGUUGCGGCAGGGAGGUGUCGUCUGUGUCGGCGUCGGAUGCAGUGAAGAGAAGCUUAGAGCCAGUGGCCCAGGCCAUGCAUCCCGACCUUCUAGAGAAGCUCGAUGGCACUGUGAACGGAGCUGCAGAGGACGACGACUGGUCCGAAGAUGAGCCGGCUGGUGACCAGGACCUGGUGAAAUUGAAGAUCGAGCCGUGCAAAGACCAAACCUGUGCGGGCGAGGCGAAGGUCAUGAUCAGUGCUGAUGUUGCCGACCUCAUGAAGCGGGAGCCGGCAGAUGUCUGCUGCCUGGUCGACGUCUCUGGUUCCAUGGGGAGCAUGGCAACGUACGAAGAUGCAGAUGGCAAUGUCAAGGAUGAUGGUCUGUCGGUGCUUGACAUCGUGAAGCAUGCUGUGAAGACGGUGAUCAAGGCGCUGGGGCCCCAAGAUCGCCUGGCUCUCGUGGCCUUCGACGACAAGCAGCGAACGGCCCUGGCCCUCACGGACAUGUGCGACCGUGGCCAGGAGCUGGCGUUGGAGGCCCUUGAUGGCUUGCGACCGGGGGGCCAAACGAACAUCUGGGGAGGCAUGAAGGCUGCCAUGGAUGCUCUUCGCGAGGGGGCCGCCAGCUCAAAGCGACAUCAGGCCAUCCUCCUCCUGACCGAUGGCCAGCCCAACAUCAAGCCACCACGAGGACACUUGCGGGAGUUGGCCGAUUACAAGGACACGCAUCCAGGCUUCCAUUUCCAGCUGAACACCUUCGGCUUUGGCUACAGUCUGGACAGCGAGCUCCUUCUUGAGCUGGCGGAAGAAGGUCAUGGCACCUACGCCUUCAUCCCGGAUGCGGUCAUCGUUGGGACGACCUUCGUGAACAGCGUGGCCAACGUCCUCAGCACCUUCUCUCAGAGCGUCACCCUCAGCCUCAUGCCGAUGAAUGGAGCGCAGCUCGCUGGGCCUGUCAUGGGCUGCUUCAAGGAGAACGACGAGAGUUGGGGUCGUGCUGUCCACCUGGGGCCCUUGCAAUAUGGCCAAAGCCGCGACGUCGUGGUAGGGCUGCUGCUGCCCCAGCCCGAAGGCCAGCCCGAAGAAGGCCAGGUGUACCUGGAGGCCGUGCUCAGCAUUCCCACCUUGUCAGGUCUUGAAGAGGUCAGUGGCAAGGCCUUGACAUCCUUGACGUUGAAAGCCAACGUUGAGGCUGUGGUGGCCGAAGCCCGGGCCGAUGCCGUCAGCACAGGCCACAUCGCCAUUGCUUCGGCAAUGGGCAACGAGGGCAAAGCCGCGGGCGAGCAAGUGGCAGCGCUCAGCAGCCGGUUGGCGGAGGCCGAGAAGGAGAGCCAAAGGCUUUCCGGUUCAGGUUCUCCCUCAGACUCUCCUGAUGGCCGACUGCUGGCCCUGCGGAGCGAUGUUGAUGGUCGCAUGUCGAAGGCCCUCAAAGGAAAGCAGCGCUUCAACCGUUGGGGCAAGCACUACCUCCGUGCCCUCACACGCUCGCACCAGCUGCAGAUGUGCACCAACUUCAUGGAUCCGGGUCUGCAGGUGUAUGGCGGAGCCAUGUUCCGGUCCUUGAGGGACGUGGGCGAUCGGAUCUUCCUCGAGCUCCCGCCGCCCAAGCGGCAGGAAGCUCCUCGAGCUCGCACCAGCUGCUCGCAGGCUACGCCGGCACCUGCGUCUCCGAACAUGACCACCUACUACGCCGGUGCCGGCGGCGGCUGCUUCGACCCCUCCAGCACGGUGCAGGUCCUGCGUUCUGCCGCGGAAGGCUUGGCAGAGGUGUCUGUGCAGCUGCGCGACCUGCGUGCUGGGGAGGAGGUGCGAGUGGCCGACGGCUUUGCGACCGUGCGCUGCGUGGUCAAAAUCGAUCGGCCUUGCGGCAAGCCCUUGGUGGUCAUGCCGGACGGGUUGAAGCUCACGCCGAGACAUCCGGUGCGGGUGGGCAGCGAGUGGCUACCGGCCUUCCGCCUGCCUGGCUCCACGCUCUUGCCCAGCUUCGCCGGCUGCGUCUACAACGUCCUGCUGGAUCGUUGCCACAUCCUGCUCGUGGGCGGUGUCCAGUGCAUCACCUGGGGCCACGGCUUCGAUGGGCCACUUCACCACAACUUCUUCGGGAAGGAAGUGGUGAACGCGCUUUCGGCUUCACACGGCUGGAAAGAUGGACAUGUUCAUGUCGCAGGUCGUCUACGCGACGCGGCCGGCAAUGUGGUGGGAUUCGACUUCGCGGAGGAUGCGCAGGAAGCGGAGUCCGAGUUCCAGAGUUCUGAGUGGAUGCCCUCUCGUCUUGCCAAGCAGCAAGAGGUCACCUGGGUAGUUUGA